UUUUCUUUUUAUUUAUGUAAUGUAAUGGUGUCAGUGGCGAACCCAGCAUUAUCUGCGGUCUAAAUACAAGAGAAAGAUGUUGGUCUGGCGAAAUUAAAGGAAACAGGAAAAUAGAGAUCUAUCGGUCGCUUUUUAUUUUGUCCUUGCUCUGCGUUGAUGGAGUUCGGAGGAGUCAGCGAAGCCACGGUGUUCGGACUGAAGUGGAGUGAACCGAUUCAUCAUACACAACAACAAGGGAAAACGUUACUCUCACAACAAAGACUGGGAUAUGAUUGACAACGGAUAAUUAUACAUAUUAAAUCUAUUGUCAUAUAUAAAAGUAAGUUGGAGAGGGAAUCCUAAAGCAUGCUCAUAGUCUCGGCUCAAUUUCGCAGAAACUGCCAUCGGCCUUUGGAAGCUUAUGAAAGCAGUCAUCACGAAAUAAGAUAGGAGAGCUGUUAAACUACCCUUGUCAUUUAACUUUUUUCACCAUAACGUUAGCACAUUUCACGCUCAAGGAUCGAGCUCUGUAACUUUUGACAAAGGGCAUCAGCUGUUCAACUUUCAGGAGGAAGCGGUCACCGGAUGAAAGAGUCCAGUAUGGAUCUGUUGGAGUGUCCGAUCUGUCUGUUCCUCAUGUGCGAGCCCGUGACCAUGAGCUGCGGUCACUCGUUCUGCAGGAGAUGCAUGGGCGCUCUCCUGCCCUCGCGGUGCCCCACCUGCAAAGAACGACUGAAACAGAGAGAUGCGAAAAACAUCAAAAACAACGUGUUACUGUUCAGCGUCAUUGAGAAAUGUUGCCCAGAAGAGACUAAGAUGAAGUGUCACAUUCAGGAGAAGCUGAAAACCAGCGAGUUUACAGAAGCGCUUCGUAUUGCGGACGAAGGGAUCGAGAUGGCCCCGGAUGAUGUGAGUCUGAAAGUGUGGCGGGCCGAGGCUUGCAUGGGCCUCCGUCGCUUUUCUGAUGCCCUCCGUGACCUGGAUGACCUUUGCUGUGUGCGACCCAAUUGGACUGAGGGGUUCUUUCGUAAAGGGAAUGUUCUUCUUGAAAUGGGCAGACAGACUGAAGCCCUCAUCCAGUUCUACCACUGCCUGAAGCAGCAGCCUGACUUUGCCCCUGCGAAAAACCAGAUUAAGAAGAUCUUGGAAGCAGAGGGAAUGCCUGUACCGGAAGAAGUUCCACGGAUCCUGCAUGUUGUGUCGGAGUACUUGCACGAUCCCUGUCCCAUCACCAGCUCUGUAAGCCACACAGAUACUCAGCGCUACACGCACAACAGCGCUGAAGGUCAAAGUGAUGCCGGGCAGAAUGCAACUAAAGUGAAGCAUGGCACCAGCGGCGAGUGCUGCCUGAGCCUGUGUCAGGCCGUGUCCUUCCUCCCCACUGCUGAGGAUGAUGAGGAAAUGAUGAUGAAGAGAGAGGAGAAACAGAACGGAGGUGUGUGCAGUGUGGGAAGAGAGUCCUGCCUCAGCAUUCUGACAGUGACUGAUUUUGAGUGCCCUCUCUGCAUCAGGUUAUUCUAUGAGCCAGUGACAACACCCUGUGGACACACGUUCUGCAAGAACUGCAUCGAGAGAAGUCUGGAUCACAAUCUCCGCUGUCCACUCUGCAAACAACCACUGCAGGAGUAUUUUAAGAACAGGAAGUACAACCCCACAGUGCUGCUGCAGGAGAUUAUUUGCCGCCUCUUCCCCCAGCAGUUGGCAGAGAGGAAACAGGUGCACGAGGCAGAGAUGGAAGAGCUCUCAAAUUUGACCAAGGACAUCCCAAUUUUUGUGUGCACAGUGGCCUACCCUGGCAUCCCUUGCCCGCUGCACAUCUUUGAGCCACGCUACCGUCUGAUGAUGCGCAGAUGUAUGGAGACGGGCACCAAAAAGUUUGGCAUGUGCAGCUAUGAGCAUGGCAAAGGCUUUGCAGAUUAUGGCUGCAUGUUGGAUAUUUUGGAACUUGAAUUGCUUGCCGAUGGUCGCUCCUAUGUGGAUACAGUGGGAGGAAGUCGCUUCCGAGUGCUCAGGAGAGGACAGAGAGAUGGCUACCACACUGCUGAUAUUGAGUACCUGGAGGACCAUAAGGUCGAAGGCGGUGAGCUUGAACUACUGCAGCUUCUCCAUGACAGCGUGUAUCAGCAGGCGAGAGAGUGGUACCAUCGUCUGAACAGCCGCAUUCAGGAGCAAAUCAGCCGGCAGUACGGCAUCAUGCCCGAGAAAGAGGACAACAUUCAGGCGUCUGCUAAUGGACCGGCUUGGUGCUGGUGGCUGCUGUCAGUGCUGCAGUUAGAUCCAGCCUAUCAGACCACCGUUCUGUCUUUGACUUCCCUGAAGGAUAGACUGGGUCAUCUACGCAUUGUACUAGAAUACUUCUCUCAGAGCUAGGACAGAGACACAUUAUAUGCCAAUAUUGCUGAUCUCAUCACAUGCAUGCCCCACGGAAAUAUAUAUAUAUAUAUAUUUUUUAUUUGUCACUUUUUUUUUUUCAUAUCAUAAUCCAUACACAAGAUCUUGUGCUUGGAUUAUUCAAAGGACCGCUAUGAUAUGGGUUGGUUAAAAAUAAGAGGACUUGUUCCAGUGGCUUUACAACUAUUGAAUUAGUCAUUGAACUAAUUCCUACUUAGUCAAGCACCAAAGAAUUAAGGACUCGUUCUACAAAGAACAGCUGUUUAUUGGUUCACGCUGUUCGCUUCAUUAAACUUCAUCAGAGUGGAUGCCAAAUGUUGCAGCUAGUUUUGUUGACAUACAUUUGAGAUGUUUCCAGUAGUGCUGCACCCUGGCCAGGAUUUUUUUCUUUUUGAAAUGUGUAGUCCACAUUUGUGGCCGAGAGGGAAACUGUUGGCCCAAGGUUCUGAUGACUGAAUAGGAGCUCAUUGAUUAUGCAUGAAUGAAACGCUUAUGACUACAGACUCAAAAUCUCAUAUUUCUGGGCGUACAUUUUAGUAGAAUCAUAAAUUGCGACAUAUUAUGAGGAGUUACAUUAAUAUUGCUAUACUAAUGACAUAAAAUAGACUUCCUUUUUUCCAUGAAUGAAAUCCGCUAGUUGUGCUUGUUUCAUUUUUAGUAUUAAAUCUGUUGCAAGCAUGGUGGCAUAACAGUAAGGAGGAGAGAGGAAAGUAUUCUAGCAGUUUUAAGAAAUUAAAAUCAAAAGUGACAAGUUUUAUAGUUAAACAUUUAUGAUGUCACAAAAGAUUUCUGUUUUUUGAACUUUCUAGUAUUAAUCAAACAAAAACAACAAAAAAAGUUUCCACAAUAAUUUUAACAGGCAACCGUUUUCAACAUAAUAAUACAGUUUUGCCAUCACACCAAUAAAUUACAUUUUAAAAAUAUCAACGCCGGGCUCCAACGAACGGGCUCAAAAUAUUCAAAAGGAAAAACGAUAUUUUAAUUUGAAUGAUAAUUUCCUAUAUUAUUGUUUUUGCUAUAUUUUUUAAUCAAAUAUAUGUAGCCUUGAUGAGACUAUAAAACAUGAAAAAUCUUACCAGCCCCAAAUUUUUGAACGGUAGCGUACACAAUUCUCAAUCAGACUGCAGUUUCAGACUUGUCAUGGGCACCAGGGCCGUCGAGUGAGGUGUUGUGAAGGUUUUAGCCAUCUGGUUGAUCAGUACAGCUCUCCAAACCUCUCUGUGUCAGUCAUAUUGGAUUAUUUCUGUGUGCUUGUGCCUUGUUAUACGUCUUAAUCUGGUUUCAGAUUUUUAGUUAAGGAGGACUGUGACAUUUAAUUUCCUUAUUUAGUGCCACAUUCUGAGGAAUGUUAAAACUGCAAUGUUACAUGUGAUGUAACACUUAAAUGGGCUUAAAACUUACCUGUUUUUUUUACUCUGGUGAAUGUGCCAUUGUUAAUUUUAUUACUGGAAGUCCAACAAGGGUUAAAAUGCACCAACCUGCACUGUCAAAUUUUUCUUUUGGACACAUUUUUCAGAUGUGUUCUGUUGUGCACUGCUCUGAAGAUUACUGUCAAUUUGCCAUAUUGAAAACCAGUUAUUAACAGGUGGGGGCUUGGCUUUCAGCCCUGUUUUCAAUGCAGCAUGCCUAAAUGUACUGAUUUACGACAGAAACAGUGUCUUGUUUGAGGAAAUAUAAAUCUGGGUACUUUUGGUUGAAGGAUUUUUUGGGCUCGUCUAUUAGGUACAAAAAGAUUCUUGAGAUGAGAUUGAAAGAGGCCUCAGUUAUGUUUCUCAUGAGACCGUAAUGAAUCAGAGAGAUACAUGAAAGGGAUUCAAAUCAGAAUAGGAUUUUAUUUUAAUUUGCUUUAGUAAUUUAAAUAAUAGAAACGUUACUGAUUGUUUCAUCUGAUGUGUUGUUUCAUGUCUAAGGUGCCCACUUUUUGUCAAAUACCUUCCAUCCUCAGGAAUUGAAAUUAAGGACUUGAAAAUCACUUACAAAUGCUAUUAGAACUGUUGCUUUAUCUGUAGUGGGAUUCAGUUACAUGCUAUCGAGUCUGAGAAUGUCAAAUGUUCACCCUUCUGUUUAUUACUAGUGUAUGUGAAAGUGGCAACACCUGUGGUUUUGCUUUGGGAUCGUACACAUGUAAUGUGACUUUAUUCUUCACUAAUAGUCUCAAAAACAAGGAGAAGGACUCUUCUGUAAACCUCAAAUCAGCUAUAAAAAUAUUUUGGUUUUAUAGAUUAGUCUAAUCAAUUAAAACUCAAUAAUUAAGAUUAUAUCCAUUGUUUUGUUAAGAAAUUGCUUGAGAUGCAAAAAUUUUCCAGUCAAUGGCAAAUAAUGAUUGCGUUUGUUUUUAAAUGAUCCGUGGACUCUGAUGCAAAGUAUUUUUUCUUUCUUUUAUUGUCAUAUAUUGUUGUGUUUGGAAUAAAAGCAGCUUUUGCCAGAGUAUUUUUUAAAUUGUAAUCCCUUGUGUAAACUAGGGGCCUGUUUCAGUGAUUUUUCUUUUAAGAGAUUUGUUGAAUAACUCUUCGGGAGUUAUACAAUACGCAUUAUGCUACAAUAAAUGUAACAGGAAAGUCA